AUGGCGCAUGCACGCCCCGGAAGCUCGGGCUCCAGUGCCCUACCCAGCAAAGAGCAGUCGCUUUUCAAGAACAUGGUGUCUCUGUACGAACACAAGCACUUCAAGAAGGCAAUCAAGCAGGCGGAUCUGAUUCUCAAGAAGUGCCCGGACCAUGGCGAGACUCUGUCCAUGAAAGGCCUGGUGCUGUCCAAUAUGCGACCGGAGCAAAAGCAAGAGGCGUACGAGCUUGCCAAGCGAGGCCUGCGCUGCGACCUGAAGAACUACGUGUGCUGGCACGUUCUGGGAUUGAUUUACCGCGCAGACAAGGACUACUUCGAGGCAUCGAAGUGCUUUAGUCAAGCAGUUCGCCUGUGCCCGGGGAACUUCCAGAUCUUGAGGGACCUGAGCAAUCUGCAGAUCCACGAAAGAAACCUCGAGGGAUUCCGCGAGACUCGCAGGCAGAUUCUCGCCACCCGGUCGCAGUUCAUUCGAGAAUGGACUGCUUUCGCCCUGGCAAACCAUCUGUGUGGAUCCCUCGACGUCGCUCACGACUUGUUGGCUGAAGUGGAAAAACAGUUCGAGGAUGCGAAGGACAUGGACGCCUAUGACAAGAGCGAAAUGAUUUUGUAUAGCGCCUCGAUCCUUGAGCAGCGUGGACGACUCGAGGACUGUCUGAAGUACCUCAAAGAACGAGAGGAGAAGAUUACAGACAAGAUGUCAAUGCUGGAAAUGCAGGGGCGUCUGGCUUUGCAGCUGAACCGCCGUGAAGAGGCGCGACAAGCUUUCGCGGAUCUGUUUAAGCGAAACAAGGAUAACGACAUCUAUGCCCUCUGCCUUCUUGCCUGCGACGAAGAUCACGAACUGAGGCGCUUGUGCAAGCUUCCUAUCCCUCAGGCAGAGGAGACCCGCGAGACCGCGUGCAUCGAGCUCGUUCCGGGAUGCCUGGCCUCGACGGGCGAAGGCCGCGCGGGGUGGCUGCCCUCUGCGGAGACUCGCAAGGCGCUUCGGCGCUUUGCAAAGCUCGACCCCGAAGUCGUGCCGCUGACAGGAUGGAAGCGCAGACGCAACAGCACUCCUUCGCCGCUGUUUGUUGUGACGCGAGUGCCUACCGACGCUGAACAGGAUCGCCUUAUCAGUUUUUUUGAAGGCCUCAAGACCGAGUACGGCAAGGCGUGCUCGCUGCCGUCGUAUCUCGUUCUGUCAUUCCUUAGUGGCGAGCGCUUCCAGCGGUGCCUCGACGCGUUCCUCCGCCCCGCUCUCCGCAAAGGCGUCGUCUCCCUCUUCUCGUCUCUGCGGCGUCUGUACGCUCCCGACCGCGUCCCGCUUGUGACUGCGCUGCUCGAGUCGUACGUGUUCCAUCUUGAGCAGGAUGUCUCGACUUUCGGGCCUCCUGGAGGCAGCCUGGCGGAGAACGGCGCAGCCGCCGCGCGGUGGGGGAAGCGCGAAGACGUUGCGCCUCCCGCGGCGGCGUCGCUUCUCGAAGACCCGGCCUCCGCGUCGAAGGACGAGGCGAGACUCGAGGGCGAGAUGCCCAUGUGCCUGCUGUACACCUACAUGCUGCUGGCGCAGCACUACGACUUCCUCGGCUGGACGGACAAGGCUCUGGCCGUGGUCGGAAAGGCCAUCCAACACACUCCGACACUCGUGGACCUGUAUCUCGUCAAGGGACGCAUCUACAAGCACGCUGGAGCCUACAAGGAAGCCUGCGACUGGCACGAGAUGGCCAGAAGCCUCGACUUGGCUGACAGGUACCUCAACACGAAGGCCUGCUGCUACCUGCUGCGCGUGAAUCGCUCCGAGGAGGCGGCGAGCGUAGCCAAGUUGUUCAGUCGGCAGUCCGACGCCGACGGCCUGCAUAGCAUGCAGUGCAUGUGGUUUGAGCAGAAGCUGGGCAAGUGCCACUUGAGGAACAACGAGGUUGGCCGCGCGCUCUUUGAGUUUAACGCGGUGUUGAAGCACUUCCACGACAUCAAAGAAGACCAAUUCGACUUCCACCCCUACUGCCUUCGCAAGUUCGCCUACCGCGCCUACAUCUCCUUUCUCCGAAUGCAAAACAAACUCACCUCACACAUGUUUUUCCGCCGCGCCGCGCGGCACUUUGUUCGCAUUUUGCUGUCUCUGCACGACGGCGAACUCGACUUGGCAAAGGCGCGGGCGCACGCGGCGCAGGCGCAGGCGGCUGAGCAGAAGGCUGACGGGAGCAAGAAAAAGAGUCGUCAGGCUGCGCAGGUCAACAACGGCCAGGCAGCCACAGAUGCAGCCAACAAGGAGGACGUUUCGGGUGCAAAGAUCCUCGAAAAAGACCCUCUGGAGACGGCGAGCGAGGUGGUGAACCAACUGCUGGACACCUGCGGCUCGGAUCCACAUACCCACGUCCUUCACUAUCACGUCGCCUCGCGCAAGAAGAAGACGCUGGCGUCGCUGCUCGCGGUCGUGCGCCUUUGGCGUCUGGUCGAGCGCAGCCGCCUGAACUCUCGAGUUAUUCCUCUCCUUCUGCACUUCUGCCGUACUGCUUCCCUAGAGGACAUUCCAGAGGCGUACACGGAGAUGGCGAGGGAAGUUCUUGAGGAGGUCUUCGGCGAGCCCGUCGUGACGACAGACGCCCUGCGCGCAGCAGGCGAGAAAUACUGGGAGAGCGUUGUCGACGCCUGCAAAAAGAAUCCUUGGGAUUUCCGCCUCCGCCGAGCCGCGGUAGAGGCGCUUGCGUUUACCAAACAGCCCAUUUCGGCAGAUCUUCCCUUCCUCGCCUUCCAGGCAUUCCCACGGGGCGUGAGCGAAGAUGCGUUGCGGUUCCAGUCGAGCAUGCCCACGCUGCGUGAGUGUGAGAAGUUGCUGGAAGUUCUUUCAAAAUAUGAGACGGCGAAAUCUGCCACAGUCUCUUUGAAGGCCAUCUGCAAAGCCCGAUUUCCGCUCGCCGAGAAAUUCUGCUAA